CUUCUGUAUACGAUCAUGUACUGGAUGAACAGAAGUGAAUUGAUGCGCGGCGUUUAGCUAUACGCGGACUAAAGCUGCUGUAGAGAAGGGUUUCGUGCUGACAAGCAUUGAUCACGUUGCACCAGUGCAGCUAACCAGUUCAUAUCAUACAGAAGUAAGACAAGCUGACCAUUUCAAGCAUGCGCGAUGCGAUGCCGAGUAGCAUUCUGGCAGCAGCAAUGUGUUUGCAUGCGAUUAUACAUGGAGUACAGGCCGUUUCAUCCCACCAGCCCAUGUUGAUGUUCGUGGUCUUCGACGGAUUUCGCUGGGAUUAUAUGGACAAGUUCGACCUCCCUAAUUUCCAGACUUUGGCAACGGACGGGGUGCGAGCGGGACGCGUGCUGAACGUCAUGCCCACGCUUACCAUGGCGUCCCACUUCACCAUGCUGACCGGACUGUACCCGGAAACACACGGCAUGGUUCUGAACGAUUUCCAUGACCCAGUCCAUGGUGAUUACGACAUGUAUACUCACCAGCACCAAACCGAGGCUAAGUGGUUUGAUACUGGCGCGGAACCGAUCUGGGUGACCAAUCAAAAGGCGGCUCACGACCGGUUCUCGGCGGCCAUGACAUGGCCAACUUCUCUGGCCCCGGUGAUGGGGAUAGAACCAACGUUCCACAAAGGACCUCUGUAUGACAUCACGAUUAAAAACAAGACCAGAAUAGACGGCAUAAUACGAUGGUUUCUUCACAAUGAGAAACCUGUAAAUCUUGGACUUCUGUAUUUUGACGAACCUGACCUUGUUGGUCACGCGUUCGGACCAAAUUCAAAACAACUAGAGGAUAAUCUGAUUGAUUUGGAUAUUCACCUUGGCUAUCUGAUAAGUCAGCUCAAGAAGCACGGUCUCUUUGAAAAUCUAAACCUGAUAGUAACAGCAGACCACGGAAUGGCCGAUGUGCCGAAACAUCAGUUCAUCAACAUAUCGGAGUUUGUCUCGCGUGAUCUGUAUGAUGAGCAUGGAUUAUCCAGUAUUUUAUUUAUUCAUCCAAAACCAGGUAAGGGACAGGCUGUGCUGGAAGGCUUGCGGAAGGCUGAAAGGAGACACCCUCAGUUACAUGUUCAUCAGAAAACGAGCGCUCUACUGAAAUCACUGAAUUAUACCAACAGUGAGCGGAUCGCACCGAUAGUCCUAAUCGCUGACGAAGGCUGGUAUCUUGUAACCAGAGAGGAGCAUCUCACCAAUCCCGACAGAGGUGUCCACGGGUAUCUCCCAACACUCUCCAACAUGAACCCGUUUUUCCUCGCUCGAGGUCCAGCGUUUAAGAGCGGGUACUUCACUCCGUCCGUCCGAUCCAUCGACUUCUACGAGCUGAUGUGCCAUCUGCUGCAACUACAACCGGCACCAAACAAUGGCUCUCUGGACCAUAUAAAGCACAUACUGCGUCCAGAGCGUUUCGAUAAUUCAAACUUAACCUGGUUAAACGCCAUGGACCUGAACAUUCCGAGUACAUGUGGCCCAGAAGGAGCUGUAGUAGCAUCAGUUCCUGUAAUACUAGGUGAAAGCGGAAACACAGAAAUAGUUGAAGCAUGCAGCAGUGAAGUUUCACCAAUCAUUCACCUAAGCACAGGCCAUGAAAUGAAAUCUGAGGGUACUACCAUCAUGUCGACAGUACACUCCCAUGAUCCUUCAGGUGCUAUGGAUAGAGUUAUUGUUCAGAACUGUGACUCUGGACAAGAAGAAAUAGUUCACUUGGACUUGGCCAAUGAGAGCCAGUCCCUGUUGCAGAAGAUAACAUCACAAGAUGCAGAAUGUCAAACGAUCUUGCAGGAACUGAUGGAUAAUAUAAAUGACCCAAAGUCACCUUGUGAAAAUAACGUGGCCAUGUUGCCGAGCAUAAGCAACGGUACAGCAACACAAUCGUGUGAGCUGCCCAAGAACCAGCCAAUUGUUGCACAUGUGUCUGGGGAUAUGGAUUGGUCCAAACCAUUGACCAGUGGCAGCAAAACAGAAGUAAUGAUCAAUGGAAAGAAAUGUUAUUUAAUCAUGAAUUCCCAAACUGGACAGCUCGAUUCAUUUCAAGUGGGAGAUCUGGAUGAAAAUGUUAAAAAGAAGCGUGGUCGACCAAGACGAGUGGUUAAAGCUGACGAGGAGGGUCAAGAGCAGGAGACCCAGACAGGAGAGUCUCAAACAGAUGCAGCAGAGGGACUCCUCGAACUUUAUAAUACUGGCCCAGAUGGUGUGAGAAGAAGCAUCAGAAAAAGGAUAAGAGCUAAAGCCUUGGACGGUUAUGAGGUCAAGCCUGUUGGUAUGACUAUCCCAGCUAUUCUCAAGAAGGUAGCAGACUCUGACCAAGCAAAAGUCACACCAAGCACAUCAGUACCUAUAAAAAGGGGCCGAGGCAGACCAAGGCGUUACCCUCGGGUUGGGGAAGGCAACCCUACCCAGAUUCCCGCUGUCAUUAUUCCAGGGCCUAAUGGGCAGACUCUUAUGAUGGCUCCCAUCAAGGGCUUACAAAACUUGCAAGCAUUCCAGCAACAAAUGAAGACACUGCCACCUUUAGCACCUCAGCCUGGACCAGCUGUGGUUACAGAUAUUGUUAACUCAAGUAUUGUGACUGGGAUUGGUCCGGAUAAUUCUGGAGACAAAGCCAACAUUAAUGGUGUGAUAGAAAGUGCAGGCUCGACAUUGCUAGCCAAGGCAGAGAAUGCCCAGUCAGCAGUAUUGACCCUGAAACAGGCAGGUGACGGUGGUGCACCAGGAGGCUUAGACAAUACAGGGCAGCAGAUCUCCAUGUGUACCACAUUCACUCCAGAUGGAAAGGCCACCAUUUUGAACCUACCCAGUGAUAUGAUCAAUUUGUACACCAAGAAAGAACCUGUGAAACUAGGUUUAAAGGCUACUGAGAAUGACUUGGAAAGGCUGAAGUGCAUCAAAUGUCAUUUCCAGGCGUACUUCCCACAGCAGUAUCAGGACCAUAUCCUCACCCAUCAGGGUGAUAUACACCAGUGUAAAUGCUGCAAAUAUGUCAGCUUUGAAAGGCUUGAAGUACUACAACAUACAAGGGAGUUUCAUCCGCGUUGUAUCUGCAAGUUAUGUGAUUUCACCUCUGAACAUGCCUACAUGAUAAAACGUCACCUGUUGAGACAUAACAGUGAAGGUUUCGCAUGUGACAUCUGUGGGAAAAUUUACAAGGACAAAUACAUUCUGAAGAUGCACACAAAGAUGGUCCAUAUGCCAGCGGAUGUCCUGUUUGAAUGCAACACCUGUGAUAAAAAGUUUACCCGUAAAGCUCACCUCAAGCGUCACCUGCGUAUUCACGAGGCAGAUAAACCUCACAAGUGUUCUAUGUGUGACUACAAAGGUUGUGAAAAAUCAGAUUUGUUGAAGCACGAGAUAAUCCAUAGAGAUCCUGAGUACCUCUGUGAUAUUUGUGGUAAACAGUUCCGUCACGUCAAGAACAAGGAGCUUCAUGUGAAAAGACACAGAGGCCAGAAAGACUACAAGUGUGGAAUCUGUGAUUUUUAUGGCUACACCUUCACUGACAUCAGAAAACAUAUAGAACGGAAACACUCUGAGGUUAACAGACUGAUGGAGGGUGUAUGUGAGCACUGUGGGACAUCCUUUAAAACAGCAGCCCAACUUGAUGAACACCGUUCUCAGUGUUUGGAAAUGACAAUAGAGCAGACCCUGUCCAUCACUAAUUCUGCUGGAGAAACCAGCCAAGCCCUACUGCGUCUACCUCGCUCUGUUCAAGUCAACGUGGAAGAGAUUAACAUUACUGUUGAAGAGGUGCCCAUGGAGGAACUGGAGGUGGACUUAGAAGAACAUGGCAUCACCCUGACAGAGGACCAGUUUGCACAGGCUGUACAGGAUCCUGCCCGUAACAUUGAGUUUGACAGUUCAGGUCUGGUGAGGGACGAGGCCACCCUUGAACAGCUGAUGGUCACAAAUCAUGUUGAUCAAGACAAGAUGAUUACUAUGUCUCAGUGACACACUGACAGACUUCGGCCGUUUUAGCUGUUGCAAGACAGUGGAUGAGAGAAGCCGAUUUGUGAUCCUAGCCUGGAGUGUCAUACUCUGACAGUUGGAGAUGUGUGAACUCUUUCCUGUAAUGCCAUUUCAGAUUCAAAACAACAGCAGUGGAUCUGACAAUCUGAUUUGGGUUCCUUCAGCAGAAAGAUCACUCUCUCACAGUUGAUGUGUGAUCGGUUUCCUUUACUGCCAUUUUAUUGUGAUAACUAAAUUCUGAACAAUCAAACUCCUGGUGCAUUGAAUAUAAUACUCAGCGGGAAAAGUGUUGUCUGUUUUAUACACUGCCAUUUUAUGUGGGUCAGACAGUACUGCAAAGUCCGUGGUAUGUUGUGCCUGAACAUCGAGGAUGAAGAAGUCCUGUGUCAGUAAUUUUCUGUGCUGCCAUUUUAUACGGGUCACUCAAUACGUGCUCAUCACAAACUAACCAGAGGUUUGGAAUUCAGUGCACUACACUCGGCAGCAAGACUUAUUGAAGAAAUUUUUCAUCUGCGUGAUCUCGCAAUAAAAUUGCAUUGUGAAUACUAAGUGACUACUUUCAGGACCAUUGCCUUAAUACUUAAUUAAGUGAAGAAAGUCUUCCACUGCAUUUGACAACUUACCAAUCCUUCAUUAUUUUUAGGUCAUUUUUAGAAGACGCUGUUUCCAUUGUGAUUAUUAGAUUAUUGAAAAUGUGGGAGACUGAUUUGUUUCUUGUUCUUUUGGUGUUUUUUUAUGAAUGUUUAUUUAUUGUUUCAUUCCAUGAAAUUGUGUUGUUGCAUGAAAAUAGUUUUUGUUCAGCCUUCUGUUAAAACAAGGUUUAUGACGUUUAAACUGCUUUUACUUAUAUUAAUGCAAAUUAGAAUCUGAGCUGGCAAAACAAAUACAUGCACAUGUAGCUGGCUUCUAGGAAUCCAUUGUACUCUUGUAAUCUGAGGGGAAAACUUCAACGGUUCAAUUGGGGAAAGACAUGAAGUUGUUGUCAUACAUUGCACAUGUAUAGGCUGGAUAAUUGACCGUAAAUUAUGGUUUAAAGAAGAAAAAAAAAAAUUAAAUUAUGAAAUAAAGUGAAAUAAAUUGUUUUAUUUGUAGUUAUUUGUUACGUGAAUGUUUAUUUAUCUUUUCUCCAGGCUGUGUACAAUUUCCAUGUACGUCUUUCAUUUGUCAGACAAAUUUAGGAGUUACAUCAAUCCUGACCUUUGACAUGGAAUUGCCUUGCCUGCUGAGUUCUUGAAGCCUUGUUGGCAAUAAGGAGUCGGUAGCACAUAUACAUAUAUGUACAUAAAUUUGAUAUAAUUCUUCAACCUUUUCACAUGUUUGCAAAGUGUUUAUUCAAGCUUAUUCUGAGCGCAUCAUGCUGUGAAUUUUUGAAGCCCUGAAAUUGGACAACCCAACCAAUCAAGUUUUGUAACCAAGUAAAAAUGUACGACACUGAAAAUUGCUCUUUCAUAUGUUCCAGGUGUCUCAAUAAUACGUUUUCUCCUAUUUUUCAUAUUUCUCCCAUGUGAAUUUCGUCAGAUUAGAGAGGAGGCACAUUACAUACACUCUAAGGAUUCCUUCAUCGUCAUAUGACUGAAAAAUUGUUAAAUAUGAUGUUAAACCCCAAGCACUCACUCGCUCACUCAUCAGAUUAGAGUGUCUUUUGAGACAUCCCCUGGCUUAACCUAUGCACGCACAGGACU